GAGCUGAAUGGGAAACUGACUGGCAUGGCCUUCCGUGUCCCCAACCCCAAUGUGUCCAUCGUGGAUCUCACCUGCCGUCUGGAGAAAGCUGCCAAGUAUGAUGACAUCAAGAAUGUGGUGAAACAGGCAUCUGAUGGGCCCCUAAAGGGCAUCCCAGGCUACACUGUGGACCAGGUUAUCUCCUGUCACUUCAACAGUGGCCCCCACUCUUCCACCUUGGAUGCUGGGGCUGGCAUUGCCCUCAAUGCCCACUCUGUCAAGCUCAUUUCCUGGUACAGCAAUGCAUUUGACUACAGCAACAGAGCGGUGGACCUCAUGGUCCACAUUGCCUCCAAGGAGUGA